AUGAAAUAUAUAAAUAUUCAAGUUUUUGAUUCACGAGAAAGUUACCUUGAUACAAAAAAAUAUUCGUUUGAAGAACUGUUAGUCAAUCCAAAUGUUCUGACGGUCUUGGUGGUUGUCUGUUCUAUUAUGAAUUUGAAAGUCAAAGGUUUGGAAGUCAAAAGUUUGAAGUCAAGGGGAAGGAAGGUCAGUGGAAGUAAUACAAGAGGUCGACCUAAUAAUAGAAGAAAUAAUGACUCAAAAUAUUUUAGAAGAAAAGUAGUUUUUGUUGACCCCGAUGAUCCCACCGCACCUCAUUGGUGGCCAGCAAUGGUUGUCCCCUUAAAAGAAAUCGAAAUCUUUAAACAAAAAAUGGAUUCCGAUGUUAAAUAUCCUUCCAAAGGAGAAAAUCUAGUUUGUUAUUUUGAAGAUGGAUCAUUUUCGAUUGUAGCUGAACAAGAUUUAUUACCAUUUGAUCCUAAUAAUAAACCUUAUAUUACCUACAUGGAAGGACCCAAUUCAACAAUAUUUCAAAAAGAUAAAGCAGUUGCUUUAGCCACAUUAUAUUUUGAAAAAGGAAUAAUUCCACCUUCAUUUAAGUGGCUUCGAAAUGAAGAUAUUAAUUCUACUGCCAAUACUAAUGUUAUUAAUACUAAUACUAAUUCUAUUAAUGUUAUUAAUACUACUACUAAUAAUAAUAAUAAUAUCAAUAUUAAUAAUGAUAAUAAUAAGAAUAUUGGAGAGAGUUCAAUAAUAGAUAAUAAUAAUAAUAAUUGUAUUAAUAGUAAUAAUCAUAAUAAUAAUAAUAAUAAUAAUAAUAAUAUCAAUAGUAAUAAUGGAAUUAUUAAUUUGGGAUCAUCAAAUAUUGGUUAUAAUAAUAAUAAUAAUAAUAUUGAAGGAAGAGAAAGAGGAGGAAAUAAAGGAUUUUCUGAAAAGAACAAUAAUCUUGUCAAUGAUGAUAAUUAUAAUUAUAAUUAUAAUAAUAACAAUAAUACCAUCAACACAACAACGAUUACAAAUAAUAAAAGAAAUUAUAGAAAAGAUUAUUGUAAUAUUAAUAUUAAUAGUGGAAGAAAACUACAGAAUGGUGGAUCAACAAAUUCAGUAGUUAAUUCACGUGCAUCAAAACCAACCAAAACUCGAAGUAUAUCAAAUGCUAAUAAUAAAAAUCUACUAAAUAAUGGCAAUAAUUAUAAUUCAUCAUUAACAAAGCCAAAUAACAAUAACAUUAAUACUAAUAAUAUCAAUGAUAAUAAUAAUACUAAUUAUUAUUAUUCGCAACAAACAAAUGACGACAACAACAAUAAAAAUAAUGAUAUUAUUGAUUACUCUGAGAAGAAGAGAAAAACUCCAAAUAAAUUAUGGGGAAGUGGAAGUGAUAAGAUUGAAAUUAAUAUCUUGAAUGAUAUUUUACCAUCCAAUAAACAAAUAAGGGCGUAUCAUGAUGGAAUAACGCGUCAAGAAGAAUUUCUUUGA